ACCAAACGAAGCAAAUGCGACAGACACUUGUGAACUGGUUGGGGGGUUGGGACCCCCAAACUCCCAUUUCUUCUCAGUUCUCCUAACCAUUUCCAUUACCAUUUACCUAAAAAACCCACCACUCAUUUCCCCAAAACCAAAGCAAUUUCAUAUACCUCGCGGUGGAGGUGCCAUGUCUUUGGCCGCCGCUGCCACUGCUGGAGCCGUCAAGGUCACCACCACCGAGAGCAGCGCCAGCGGGAACAGCGCAGACAACCCAAUGGAGAGGAACACGUACUGGUGCCACGAGUGCGACAUGAGUCUCUCUCUCUCUCCCUCCUCCGACUCCGAGCAACCCCUUCUCUGCCCCCAAUGCUUCGGUGACUUUCUCGAGCUCAUGGAUUCUUCCUCUCCACCCAAUCAUUCCUCCGCCGAGUUUUCCUUUCCACCCCCCUUUCCGUCCCUUCUCGACGACAACUACCUCCACCGCCUAAUCCAUCACCUCACUACUCGUUCUUCUUCCUCCGAAGAUUUCGACGAAGAAGAGUCCUCCUUUGACCCAUCUGCACCUCUCCCUGCUUCGAAAUCUUCCAUUGACGCAAUACCCACCAUUAUAAUCGACCAGUCCCUUCUGAACGAUGACCCUUUUAUGCUCUGCGCCGUCUGCAAGGACCAGUUCGAGCUUGGCAUUGAGGCCAAGCAGCUUCCCUGUAAGCAUCUCUACCAUCCCGACUGCAUUCUGCCCUGGCUCGCUCACCAUAACUCCUGCCCCGUUUGUCGGUUCCGGUUACCCGCAGAGCAAGCCAACCGGGACUCUUUUGGGUCCUCGGAAGGGGUUUUGAGGUUAGGGGACUUGAUGACGGGGGAUGAGGACUGGUUUGAUUACGCUAGUACUUUGAGAUAUAUUGCUAGGAGGCACGAUCUUCUGUUUUCCGCUGGUAAUGGUGGUAGCGGCGGCGUUCAGGGCUCAUUCUCUCCCAACCAGAUUGCGGAGGUGGAGACAGAGACGGAGAUGGAAGCGGUCUCCAGUUGUCCAGUUGCGGGUAGAGCUCGUAUAAAUGGUGAAGAUGGAGAGUUGAGUUUAAGUCGCGGGGUCAUUGAGGAGGGCGAUGUUGCCAUUUCUGAAAAUUUGAGGUAAAGGUAGCUAGAUAAUGCGCGCAGAGGAAUGUUGUGAGAGUUGAACUGUGUGAACAUAGAUUUUCUCAAGUGUAAAUCAGGAGCUGAUGUUAUGAUAUGUAUGUAUGUAUAUCUUAUUACAUUUUGAUUGGCAUAGUGCUGAUUGUCCAAGUCAGCAAACCUAUGUUAUGUGUGACAUUUGUGAAUUAUUCUUCUUCGAUCCAAAUCCACACAAAUAAUAAUAAAAAUUUAUUUAGAAUAGUCAAAAUGUCUGUAUAAGGGUUGUGUAGAGACCUAUUUUGUGUAAUAAAUAUUACACUUUCCAAUUAUUGAACAAAUUUUGAACUCUCAAUUCUUCAACUUUGAUUUCCGUACUGUCUGUUCUAUCCUUAACAAAGAAUUCGUGUUCCUUUAAAUAGAGAUCUUUACAUUUUA